AUGUCUCUUAAGGUUAACGAAAGUGUUGGUAAUAAGUAUGGGGAAUCAACGUUGGAACCGGAAACAUUUGCGGAUAUUGUAUCAUGCUUGAAAAGUGAUAAGUUCAAAAUUGAUUCACCUCAAUUAAAUGAUGAAAUUACUGAUGAGUUAUUGUUAGCCUUUAGACAAUCAAUCGAAGGAAAUAUUACGAAUGAUCCCAUUAGAGAUUAUACGUUUGAUUGGGAGAGACUUGGUGAAUGUUAUACUUUCGUAUUUGAUGACUACAUUAAGAACAUAGAGUUGAUCAAUCAAGAAACGGCUGAAUGUGAUGAAGAACGUCGUAAAUGGACAGCUGAUUGUUUCAAAAAUGACGAGGAAUCCAGCAUUGAAAGAAUAAAUAAAUCUGAACAAUGGAUUAGUCUUAAAGAAGUUCAAUUACAUCAAAUGAAACAACAAAUUAAGAAUACCAUUGAUUUAAUUAAAGGUGAAGUUCAAAAAUUUAAAUCUUUAACUACAUAUGAGUAA